GAGUGGAAACCUUUCAGAACAGGGGAGCCACCAACGCCGCUGGAGCUGUUGCAGCUCGCCGUGCCUUCGGCAUGCUUCCUGCUAGAUGUUCCUCGUCUCCGCCAAAACGAGGAGUCGGCGCUUCGCACGUUGCUCACACGCCUCUGCAAGGAUGCUUUGCUGCUGGGCUUUGGCCUCCCACAGGAUGCGGCGAAGGUUGCUGCUGAAGGCCUCGGCAGGAUGGAAGCCGCCAGGUGCCUGGACCUCCAGGAAGACGUGAAGCGACCGUCCGGAGGCAACGGUCUCGCUGAGAUCCUGCGCACCUCACUGCACCGGUCCUUGCCGAAAGAGGAGCAGCAACUUCGUACCGUGAUGAAGAUCGUCAACCAGCACGACAAGGAGCUCCGCGACUUAGAAGCUUGGAGCUGCCACACAUUUUUGCUGCCCAAAGAGCAGGGGCUGGGGAAGGAGCUGCUUCAAGCCAUGACAUCAUGGAAAGCUCGCAUUCCUGACAAGGGCGCCCAUCCGCUCGGGCCUCCUCGCUGGACGGUCGCAGGAACAGUGGCACAGGCCUUGUUGCAAGACGAGGCGAACCUUGGCAAGCUUGCAGAGUUCAAAGCCUUGCACGAGUCAAUGACCACCCUGCAGGAUAUGGAGCAAUCUAUUCAGCUGGCAAUGGCGCGGGAGACUCGUGACGGCAAGGUUCUUUUGAAGUUACGGCCGCAAGUCAAGACGCAAGCGGAAUGGGCUCCUGCAUUGGAGAUCCUUGGCACUGCUGUGACGUCGCAAGGAGGUGAGAUCAAGAGUGGACCUGCUCCGCCCAGUGCGCUUAUCAGACAAAUCGCUGACAAGAAAGAGUAG